AGGCGCGCUGUCACCCGUCUGUCCGAGCGCCGCGAUGGCAGCCGUCGAAUGACGCCACGGCCACCUAACGGAAGUGAACCGAGAGUAGGCGAAGGCAACGUCGUGAUCGUCGCGGACGGGGAUGUCGCGCAUCUAUUUCCGAACACGUUGCAAUUGGGGUCGAAGGGGACUACGGAUCGCUGGCUGGGUGAAAAACGGCCAAGAGAAUUCGCGCGACUUAAGGCCGCGUGUCAUCGUCAAUUGACAGUCGCGCUCCCGAAUUGCUCCGAAUUCCGCGUUGAUUGCGCGGAAAGAGAGAGAGAGAGACAGACAGGUGAGCAGACAGGAGUGUGAGUGCCAAGAGACUUGAAGAGACAUCUCGCCCGCCGUGUCGGGCGACUGUCACGCCGAGUGUUCGCGAAGGAAGAACCCGAGGGAAGGAAGAGGAAGAAAAAAGCGUGACCUCCACCGCGGCGGUGGUUGCGAAACGUCACUUGGCCGAUCGUUUGGCCAUCGGUCCCGUCCGCUCGUCCGUCCGUUCGUCCCCCGUACGUGCGCGCGUACGGCUCGCGAGUGGCGCACGAGGUAGACCAAGGUGGACGCGAGGUGAGUCCACGUUCCACGGAUAGUGACAUAGUGUAUACCUCGACGAGUGUCGCGCGACGGGAGAAAGAGAGAGAGAGAGAGAGAGAGAGCGAGAAAGAGGAGACGGUGACGCGCAGAUAAUAUGCAAUGAGCCACCGCACGUCGAGUCGCCGUCCGUCGAUCCUCGCGCAGCGAAACAACGACACGAGGCUGCUGCUCGAGCUCAAGCGCGUCCGCCGCCCGCGUACCCCGCGCGACACCAUCACCGACGGAGUCGCACGCAGGAGGUUAUAAGCGGAGAGUUAUGCGCCUGACGUCCGGCCCGCCGACGACGACGAACGUCAACGUCGAUCACGGUGGAUCACCGCUGCCGAGCCGCCCCUCGCAGGUCCGGCGGAUGGACGGCGCGCCGACCGACGCUCUUCAUGGUCCACGCUCGGAGACGCGCGCCCCUCUGCGCCCUUUAACGCCCCCGACGACGUCCCGUGGCCCGGGAUCCAUUUAACUGGCUGUGAAAAGUGCAACGUAACUGUACCGAGUCCAAAGAGUAUAUAGAUAGAUAUAUAUAUAAAUAUAUAUACAAAACACUGGUCAAAAUGGAUCAAGAAACGGUCUACGGCACGCACGAGGAUAGCCAUGUUGUCAUGUCAGAGAAAGUACAGUCUCUGGCAGGCAGCAUCUAUCAAGAGUUCGAGAAGAUGAUAGCAAAAUACGACGAGGAUGUAGUAAAAGACUUGAUGCCUCUGCUAGUCAAUGUGUUAGAAUGUCUGGAUAUAUCAUAUACUGAGAAUCAGGAGCGUGAAGUCGAACUAGAGCUAUUAAGAGAAGAUAAUGAGCAACUUGUUACACAGUACGAAAGGGAGAAGCAAUUGAGAAAAGCAUCAGAUCAGAAACUUCUCGAACUGGAAGAUGUUUCCGAAGAUGAGAGGAAGGAGCUUCUGUCGAAAAUUGAUAGCUUGGAAUCUAUCGUAAGAAUGCUGGAACUGAAGACUAAGAACUCUCAUGAUCACGGUACAAAUGCCAUUGGCGCUUCCAGUCUACCCAUUCACAGUUCUUCCCUCUACAUUGGUCGCCUCGAGGAGAAGGAAGCUGAAUUGAAACGCGAGUAUUCCCGGCUGCACGACAGAUACACGGAAUUAUUUAAGACCCAUGUUGAUUACAUGGAGAGGACCAAAAUGCUGGUUGGUAGUACAGAAAGACUGGAGAGUGUAUCUACCAGCCGUGCACCGUCGCGGUUACCUUCCCUCGGACUUGCUCACAUGUCGCGUAGCUCCGGACCGCUUAGCUAUGGCUUUCAGAGUUUGGAAGCUAGUAUAAACGUCGAGGAUGUUCAAGAGGUAGAUAUCGUACCAAAUGUCACCAACCUGAGAACCGAAAUGUUGGACAGCAGCAUCGAGGCCGCUAUCGAAACAUCCGACAAGAGCCAACUAACCGAUCAACCAGUACAAGAAAACAAAACUACCGCUAUAUCUAGACACGAAAGUCCGGAAACGGAAAUGCCGCCAACUUUAAUAACGCCAACGACGCCGACCGCGGGUAUAGAGAAGUUAGCGACUACGCCAAGUGGGAGAAGCAGAACUGAGAGAGAGCAACGAAGCGGCAAUACGCUGUAUCAAGAACUGAGCUUUCAAGACGCUGAUGCGCUGGGCGAAAUGGACGAGGGCGCAGAUAUUACCGGAACCUUUGUACAUCCUGGAGAAUAUGCUUCAUCAGUCAAUGACAACUUCUUUGGCAUGGGAAAGGAAGUAGAAAAUCUUAUUAUGGAGAACAAUGAAUUGCUAGCAACAAAAAAUGCACUUAACGUUGUCAAGGAUGAUCUAAUUGUCAAAGUUGAUGAAUUGACAAGUGAGCAAGAAAUAUUACGAGAAGAGGUUCGAGGCUUACAGCAGGCGCGUGAACGACUGCGGCAACGAAUUGCCGCCCUCGAGGAAGAACUGAAGAAAGUCAAGGAAGAAGCAGAAGCGGCAGCUAAAGCGACGAAGAGCGACGACGAGGAGGAUGUACCUCUGUCCCAGAGGAAGCGAUUCACGCGCGUGGAGAUGGCAAGGGUGCUCAUGGAACGAAAUCAAUACAAGGAACGAUUUAUGGAGCUCCAAGAGGCUGUCAGGUGGACGGAGAUGAUAAGAGCCAGCAAGACCGAUCCUUCCAGUAUCUCGGGCGGGAAAGGUUCAGUGUGGAAGUUUUUUAGCAAUCUCUUCACAGGCCCGGCCGAUCGAGGGACGUUAGUGCGUUCCGCGCACACACUGCCGCACGUGCGGUACAGCGCACCGGCGAAUCAGGUCGUUCCAGCCCCACCCCUGGAUGCCAUGCGUAGACGUACGUUGAAAAGUCGCCAAGACUUUCUCGACCAAGGAGACACCAUAUCGUCCGAAAAGCUCGUAGCAAGACGCGCGAGCGAGCGAAGAGAACAGUAUCGUCAGGUGCGAGCGCACGUUAAGAAGGAGGACGGUCGUCUGCAAGCUUACGGAUGGAGUUUACCAGGGAAGCCGAGCGCUCCCGUCAGACAACCUCCUGUCCCAGUUCCAGUGUACUGUCGACCCCUGCAAGAAACCGAACCAGGCAUGAAGAUUUGGUGCGGCGCCGGUGUGAAUCUGAGCAGCGGUAAGACGCGUGACGGCGGAUGCAUGGUCGGCGGAAGUGUAUUCUACGCGGCCGAGGCCCAGGAAAGCAACACGAAGGUAGAGGCUGAGGACGCCGUUGAGCACUUGGACAAGGAGCUUCAGGAGAGCGAGAACCGACGGCUAGAAGCGGAACGAUGGGAGCAACAGCUCAGCUCGCUCGUCUGGAUCUGCACCUCGACGCAGAAGAUGUCCAAGGUCACGGUGAUAGACGCCAACAACCCGGCGGACGUUCUGGAGGUAUUCAACGUAUGCCAGGGACACCUGCUCUGCAUCGCGAGCGUGCCCGGUGCCAAAGAGAGCGAUUACGCGCAAUCCUCGAACGAGAACUCGAUCCGCAAUUCGAACGGCGCGACGAACGAUAGUGAGAACAACAACGGUGUCUGUGAGGAUGUCACGAACGCGAACGAGAACGUCGAGCAGAGGAAUCAUCAGAACGCUGAGGCUGUUGUCGAUAGAAAUAAAAGUGAAUCUGACAAUCAGUCGGAGGAUCAGGCGAACGAGAAUACCGAGAAGUCUGCUGAGACAGAUCAGAACUCCACGAACGAACCGCAAAGUCUGGAAAGUAUAGACAGCGAGACCGCAAAUUUGGGAAAGGUAAACUUCGUGCGGUGCAACGGCGAAGCUCAUCCUCCGCGAGCGAAUGACAAAGAUUCCGUAAACGAAGAGGCGAAGAACGAAGAGGAAGUCGCGGAGGAGACAUCCAUUGAGAAGAUGUCGUCCAUACAACCGACCAUGUGGCUCGGAGCACAAAAUGGUGCAGUUUUCGUUCACUCAGCCGUUGCUAAAUGGUCGGUGUGUCUACACUCCGUGAAGCUCAAGGAUGCAGCGCUAGCUAUUGUACACGUGCAAGGCCGAGUUUUGGUUGCUUUGGCGGAUGGAACUGUAACGAUAUUCCGCAGAGGCGCUGAUGGACAAUGGGAUUUGUCUCAAUAUCAUGUGAUUACACUCGGUAGCCCUCAACAUUCCAUUAGAUGUAUGACCGCAGUUAGCGGAAAAACAGUAUGGUGCGGCUACAGAAACAAGAUUCACGUGAUCGAUCCUAUUUCGAUGACGCUCGAGUGCACAGUAGACGCACAUCCCCGCAGAGAAUCUCAAGUGCGACAGUUGGCGUGGCUGGGUGACGGUGUGUGGGUCAGCAUCAGACUCGACUCGACGUUAAGACUCUAUCAUGCUCACACCUACCAGCAUCUUCAAGACGUUGACAUAGAACCGUACGUCAGUAAGAUGCUCGGUACGGGAAAGCUUGGAUUCUCUUUUGUUCGCAUUACCGCUCUGCUUAUUUCCUCGAAUCGGCUGUGGAUUGGUACUGGCAACGGAGUGAUAAUCUCGGUACCGUUGUCUGAAAGUGCGGGUGGCUCGAUGGCGGUAGCCAGAGCGCAGACAGGUAGCAACAAAAGCGACGCGCCGGGAGUCGGCGUUAGGAUCUUCGCGUCGGAACGGGGCGUCACACCGGGAAGUUUUAUACCUUACUGCAGCAUGGCCCAUGCGCAGCUCAGUUUUCACGGACACAGAGACGCUGUGAAAAUGUUCGUCGCUGUACCUGGUCAUGGUGGUCAGAGCGCGGUGACGGACGGAACGCAACCUGCGAUGCUCGUUCUCUCUGGUGGUGAGGGUUACAUCGAUUUUAGAGUUGGUGAUGGGGAGGAGACGGAGGAAAGUAUGGACCGAUCGAAUACUACGAUCAGCAAUGAAGAGCACGGUGAACAAAGUCACCUGAUUGUGUGGCAAGUGCAAUGUCCCUUACCGAUGUCGAUCAACGGCUAGCCUACGGAUGAGACAGACGAGCGUGACGUAUUGGACGGUUCAACCUGCAAUGCGACAUUGCAUGUGUCGUCGGCAGAUUGUCAGAUCACGGAUUAUCAGAUUAUGGAUUGUGAAUCAUUGAUAUUCGAGCGAACGAUUUUCGUCGCUGCGAACUAAUUGUGUGCUACACCUAGAUAUACUAAUAUAACGAUCGUAGCAGAGUACAUUAAUAAUUCCCAAAGUAAUUAUCACGAUUUUUCAUAUUAGCAGAGCGAAAGACGAUGGUAGCAAAUCAUGAGUUUUUUCUGAAUUACGAAUCAGUUGUCAUGUAUUCUUCCAUAGCGCAAUCAUUCAUCGUGUGACUCGUUUCUUGCAUGUAUAUGGGCAGAAUUUUCGGGGGGGGGGGGGAGAUUUAUAAAUUUUGUCGACGCAACUCGGAAUCAUUCAGGCUCAUUCUUUGUCGCUGCACUAGACCGCAAAUUUUCUUUCUCGCUAAACUUCAAAUAUAAUAUAUCUAUUUCAUUUCAAGUACAACGCGCGUGUAGUUCAGCCACGGAGAAUAGACCCUGUCGCUUCUCAUUAAGCCGCGCAUUCCCUAACUUAAGCCUGCGUACGUCAGGAUCAAAUUGUUUAAGUGACAUGUGCCGCGGUGACAUUUCUCACGACGAGUGUUCAUUUUAGAGUAUCACGUUUUACGAAUGACGAGGUGGUAGCGUUAUUUCAACUAAUCAUUGUGAUAAUGCGACGACUAUAUAUUAUAACGCGGGACAGGAUGAGUUUCGAAAGCUGCCGUUGCCACAUUGCUACAAAUAAAAAGCAUACGUUCAAAGUAAACUUCGCGUUAUGUACCUGUCGCGAGAAUAUUUCUCAGUCGCCGUUAUACACGCAGCACGCAGAGGAUGCAAUAAGGUGCGUGCGAACUCAGGCAGAUUUCUAGGCAUAAUGUAAUAUUAAUUUUCCGUCGGAGAGUAUAUUAUUUUCCAGACCUAAUCGAUUUUAUUCGCGUACAUCGUGUCGAACAUAAUGAUAAUAAUAUAUAAUAUAUAUAUAUAUAUUCCUAUCUUCUCUCCCCUUGGAUCAAGCAUCGUUAGAUUGUGCUCGGCGAAACGUAGCGGUUUACACGAUUAUUAGGAGCAACUCGCCAAUGAUGUAAAUAAUAAUAAGAUGUUUAUAUAUAGCGUCGUUAUAGAGAGAUCUGUUAUUUAAUUUCUUUUCGCGGACGAGCAGAAUUACGUAAGACCUGUCUUCUCUAUUCUCUUAGCUUCACCUUUAGUACGCUACCAAAGAAGUGGAACGGUGAUCGUGUUGUUCGUAUUAUUUACAACGAGAGAUUAUGCUUCGAAGAGAAAUGUUUGCUCUUUUCUUCUUUUCCCCUAUAACUCUCGGCCGAGCCAAUUGAUAUUCGGACUGAUGAAAUUUUGUAAAUUCCCAUGAAAAGCGGUGCGAUUUAGAUGGCAAUUUUUAGACGUGCGAUAUGAGGGCUGCGCAUUAUCGUGCGAGCCGGCUUUUAAUGUCGAGCUCGGAAUUGUACCUGGCUCAGGUGGCGUUGUAACGGCAUUAAUAAACAAAGUUACGGAACUAAA